UUAGUUUGAAAUGGAUUGCACCCCAAAUGGAAAAAAAUCAACAGCCACAAACAACGCAACGUCCCCUUUGAAGUCCAUCGGUUGACCCUUCCCAUAGUCUCGGCAGUUCGUGUCAUUGUGCCACUUAUAUUGGGUGUUACGCAGCUAAGCAUUGGUGCCAAAAUCGGCUUAGAAUUUACUUAGCCUACUGCCAAGGGGAGGUGCUUCCAUUUUUUCAAAUCCCGAAGCUUACUCCGCUGUCGCCGUAGCGAUUGGCAAGAAAGUUAUAAUUUUAUUUCCUUUGUUGAAUAAAUGCAUAUUGUUAGAACGAAUGCGGAAUUACUGAAUGGUGUUGGUAAAGUAUUUAGAAUGAGCUGGACAGAAUGGCAGAAUGAUUCGACGUAACUUGUUGCGCUUCCCGAUGACAGCUCAGUAUCGUCCGGAACUGCAGGAAGUAUCGACCAGUAGUGCACGUGCGUCGGGUCCGUACGGGUGCGUCGGUUCGCUGGCAAGAUGUUGGUGUUACGCUAUUUGGCAUCGUUCUACAACUACGUCAACUAUGAAGUUAGCGAUCCGCGAGUUAACGACCUACCGUUGAUGGGAACGCCAUGGCCUGGAAUUGCCAUUCUCGGAAUGUAUCUCUGGUUCGUGCUGGAAUUGGGUCCCAAGUGGAUGCAGAGGCGAAAACCAAUGAAAAUUGACAAUAUUAUUAAGGUCUACAAUUUGGUUCAAGUGAUCUUAUGCUUAUUUCUGUUUGUUGAGGGAUUACGAUUGUGCUAUUUUCGAAACUAUAGUUUUUUGUGCCAACCAGUAGAUUAUUCGACUGAUGAAGUACCUAUAGCGAUCACCAGACGAGCUUAUUUGUAUUUUGUGGUAAAAGUGAUUGAUUUAUUGGAUACUGUAUUCUUCGUUGUUCGAAAGAAGCAGAAUCAGGUCAGCUUCUUACAUGUUUAUCACCAUACUGGAAUGGUUAUGCUUAGUUGGAGUGGUGUGAAGUGGUUCCCAGGAGGUCACAGUGUAUUUAUGGGAUUCAUCAACAGCUUCGUCCACGUAGUCAUGUACUACUACUACUUCUUGACAUCUAUCAGCCCCAAGUAUAAGGGAAACGUGUGGUGGAAGAAACACAUCACCCAGCUGCAAAUUAUUCAAUUUGGAGCGAUUUUUCUCCAAUGGUUUGUGUUGGUGUUUCAACCAAAUUGUGACUUCCCCAAUUGGCCGUUGUUUAUCAUUCUGCCGCAGAACCUCUUCAUGUUUCUGCUAUUCCUCGACUUCUACUACAAAGCGUACAUCAAGAAGAAGCCUGCCACACCGUCACCGGUCGAAGCGCGGCCGGCAACAAGCGGCGCUGAGUUCAACGAUCGGCACAAAACCGUCGAAAAAACGAUGGCUGAUAGUCACGCUGAUUAAGCCAGCGAGCAGCACAAAACGGACAAACCGAAAGUGUCGUAUCUGUCUGCUGUGCAAAAGCGUAGCUGUUCAGUCUGAUUAGCCUGUAGAUGUAUAAUGUAUGUAAAAAUAUUGUAGAUUCACUAGACUUGUUUGAAAAUCGAUUUGAAGUUCACGCCAGGAACGGGAAAAUAGUGAAGACCGAAUUCGAAUACGCGUGCAAAGUUCAAUUUCCAGAUUACGUUAGCAAGCAAACAAACGCGCGUACUUAAUUUGUAAUAAAUUAACUUGUCGAUUACCUG